GGCUGUCUGGGACACAUGAGCGGCUAUAAUAUAUCCACAGAACAAGCUGCAGCCAGAAGGAAGAAAGAAAGAAAGCCGCUCUGUUCCCUCUUCACAGUCCUUUCACCUUCCCUGCCCCCUCCAAGAAACUGGACUACAUUCAGCCAUUUUUCACCGCUGUUUGUUACACUUUCCCGACAUUUUGCGUGUUUGUGUCGAGUGCUCAGAUUGUCUGAGGAGAGACGAAGUCGUGAGAGGGGAUUUCUUCUGUCUCGACUCGCUUUUCUCGGAGACUCGUGUGGAUGCGUUCGUUGGAAGGCUGCUCUAUGGGUUGUGGUCCCCUCAGGCUGAAGACUGUGUGUGCCUAGCAACAUCUUUCCACACUGACCUCGCAUCAUCUCUGUGUGCCCAUGAGGUAACGUACGGACCUACUGGCCCCUCAUCACCACCCUUUGUCCAUCCUUUUCCCUCCCCUCUUUUCCCUCCUCCCUUGAAUCCCCUAAACCAUGGGCCAGAAGAUCUCUGGCAGCAUCAAGUCAGUGGAUGUACGUGGGGAGCCUUCGUAUCGACCAGUCCGUCGUGAACUACGGGGUCCGGAUUUCUGUCGGCCCCCCAGACUGGAUUUGCUACUCGACAUGCCACCAGCCACUGCUGAGACACAACUUCGCCAUGCCUGGAACUCUGAUGACCGAUCGCUCAAUGUCUUCGUCAAGGAGGACGACAAGCUGACUUUUCACAGGCACCCCGUGGCUCAGAGCACAGACUGCAUUCGAGGAAAAGUUGGCUACACCCGUGGCCUACACGUGUGGAGGAUUCACUGGCCGGCCAGACAGAGAGGCACCCAUGCUGUAGUAGGGGUGGCUACUGCUGAAGCACCUUUACACUCUGUUGGUUACACGGCCCUAGUAGGCUCAGACUCUGAGUCCUGGGGGUGGGACCUCGGCCGAAACAGACUUUAUCAUGAUGGAAAGAACAGACCUGGUAACUCUUCUGCACCCACGUACCCCAGUUUUCUGGAGCCAGAUGAGUCGUUUGUUCUCCCAGACUGCCUCACAGUAAUAUUGGACAUGGACGAAGGGACGCUAAGCUUUAUGGUGGAUGGACAAUAUCUAGGAGUGGCCUUCAGGGGCCUAAAGGGAAAGAGACUGUAUCCUAUCGUCAGUGCAGUCUGGGGGCACUGUGAAGUAUCAAUCCGCUACGUCAAUGGACUAGAUCCGGAGCCCCUUCCCCUCAUGGACCUGUGCAGACGAGUAGCUCGACUCGCUCUGGGUCGGGAACGCAUCCAUCACAUCGAGACGCUUCCGCUGCCGCAGACCCUGAAAAACUACCUCCAGUACCAGUGACUGCUCUCCUCUACAUGCACAUGAAGGAUGCGGGGAUCCAGGCGGCGAAACUCAGAGGCCCACCUGCUGCCUCCAAACUGGACUUAAGAAAUCUGCUGAUGUAACACAGCGACGUUGACCCGAAACAGGUGGUUAGGAAGUGCUAGAAGCGGGGGAUUGUUUACACCUUUAGGAUGUUUUCAGUAUGGAUGCCAUCUCUUGGUUUUUAAGCUCUUUUUUUUCUUUUUAGUGGUUAUAUUCUCUGCCUUUUUUCACUUAGACAUUACUAACGGAGCUGAGAUGAUUUGAUUUGCAUCAAGCUGACAUAAAGAAGUCGAGCCCCAGUCGGCGCGGCCUUAUGCAGUGUGGUUUACACCGGCAGUCUGCUCUGCACAGCCUCUUUGAGGACGCUUCCUCUCAGACAUGUUGAUAUUUAUAUUUAUGUUCCCAACAACACAGUGGGCUCCUGUGGGGACAAAACACUCCCUGCAAGCCAUAGGAGAGAAAGAGAGAGAGAAGGUAAGGGAGAGUGCAUUUUCACACAUACUGUUCUAUUUUUGUUAAUGCACACACACAGAUCACAUAUAUACACAUACAGCGUAGGGAAACGCAGCCUGCACUGUCUGUAGCAAGAACACCAUGGCGUAGAACGUGGCACCUCCAAAGUGGUCUGAAUGUUUAAAAUCUGCUCUCCUGUCGGCGGUUCUCUCUCCAUGCAUCUCUGCCACUUCCUGCUAGUUUGAGAUUUUUAGGUUUAUUGAACUGGAAGGGCUGCAGAUGCAGUUAUCCUGCUCUCUCGCUCUUAAGCAGGAGAUGAAGCUGUGUCUUCAACUGCUAAUGUGCCUGCUCCGCCACAGUAAGCAUUCAGAUAAAAAGCACACUACAUUCUGUCACAACACGACUUUUUUUUCUGCCACAAAGUUGGAAAUGCUGCUUUUUUUUUUUUUUAACCCAUAUGUUUCACCAUCUUACUGUUAGUUUUUUAUCUCAGAUUUACUUCUUUUUUUUUUAAAUGAAUUUUUAAAUAUGUCUGUGGGACAUAUCUCGCAUGCAUAGGUUUGAAGAAUGUGCUACCAUGAAAAUGUUUUUAAAUGUAAAUAAAAAUAAAACUGCUAAACAAA